AUGGCCUCCGCCGACCAAGACCAGGAGUCACUGCAGAACCAGAACCACUACUUGUGUGGUUCUGUAGCAGCGUUCGCCAACAUUGUCAUCACAUUUCCCAUACACAAGGCACUGUUCCGGCAGCAGCUGUUCGGAGUGCAAGCGUGGGAAGCUGUGCGGCAGCUCCAGAGGGAUGGUUUGCACACACUGUACCGUGGCAUCCUGCUGCCGUUACUGCAGAAAAGCAGCACUAUUGCAAUUAUGUUUGGCCUCUAUGAGGACUUCUCCAGAUUGAUGCAACUACACGCUCCUCAAGCCCCCAUCCUGUUAACGGACAGUAUCGCAGCAGUUUUAGCGGGAACAGCUGAAGCAGUCUUAACGCUGUUCGAGAGGGUCCAAACUCUACUGCAGGACCCACGUCAUCAUGGAAACUUUCAGAACACUGCGCGUGUUUUCCGUGUUUUGCUUCAACAACAUGGCAUCCGAGAGCUUUACCGUGGCCUUGUUCCGAUCCUACUCAGAAAUGGCCCUAGCAAUGCUUUUUUCUUCGGUUUGCGUGGACCAAUUAAGGAACUGCUCCCCGAAGCCGAGACAAAGGCAGGGCAUUUGGUUAGUGACUUUGUAUGCGGAGGGUUUCUGGGAGCGGGUCUCGGGGUGGUGUUUUACCCUUUAAAUGUAGUCAAGUCUCACGCACAGGUACAGAUUGGAGGGGAGUUUCAGUCCUGCAGGGUGUUCCUGGCAAACGUUUUGAGAGAGAGGGACGGGAAGGUGAGCUGUCUGUUUCGAGGUGUGCAUUUGAACUUCCAGAGAUCAAUUUUCUCAUGGGGAAUCAUAAAUGCUACAUAUGAGCUUUUACUGAAAAUGCUCUGA